AUUUUAACUAUAUUUUCUUUAAAAUAAUACAAAUGGUACCUAAGUAUUGAUGGAUAAAGACGAAAAAAAUAAAAUAACAGAUGGAGAUAAAACUACGACGAACGAAGUGAAACCGAAUGAUGAUAGGAAUCAAAGAUCAAAUACAAACGAAGAUGCUGGACCAUCGGGAGCAGUGAAUCUGCCAGGAGCCGUACACCAUGCUAAGAACAUACCUCCGAAACCUGGCAUCUCUAAAUCAGAACAUAGCAUGAGGCACAUUAUAACAAGUAAAGAUGUCACAAACGCACUAAAAUCUCUAAGCUUCGGUGCUCCAGGGCAAGUAGUCAAAAACCUGAAUCUUAAAGAACUAAACAUCCCUAUUCUUGACAAAGAUGAAACAUCAGAAAGAGAUGAAUCAACUACUUUGAUAGAUCUAAAGAAAUUCAUGGCAUCCUGUUUCAAAUUCAACAAAGAAGCCCCGAGCGCUAUAGUGUUGUCUGAAAUCCCGAACGUGCAAAACGUUCAUCCAGUGAUAACUCCUGUUACUGCAGUAAUACCACCACCAGACCCGCCAGAAAUAGCGAACCCUAGUUACACGACUGUACAAACUGAAUGUGUAUCAAUAAACACUAAUGAAGUGAUUAUAACUAAUGCUAUUGAACCUAAGAUAUCGAAAUCUGAUAAAAAGAAGACUUCGGGAAGCCUUUCUGAGAAAUCGGACUUGGGUAUCACGGCAAGAGAUUCGCUCUCAAGUAUUGGGUCCAAUGUUUGCCGAAUAUGUAUGACGAGAGGACGUGAAAGGUUAAUAUCUCCGUGCAACUGCAAGGGUUCCCUGGCGAACGUCCACCUGAGCUGCUUGGAGCGGUGGCUCAACCAAGUGGGGAGGAACCAUUGUGAGUUAUGCGGGUUCAGCUACCCUGCGAUCCGCACGCCGAGAUACACGGUUCUACAGGCGCUUCGGCUGUGGUUUGGCAAUCCUAGAAACAGGAGCCAUUUGCAGUCGGAUUGUCUGAUAUUCUGGCUGCUAUCGACCGUGACGGCUGGCCUCCUGGCUGUAUGCAUCGUCGGAACUCAAUACUUUGUGAUUGAGGGAACCAAUUUUGGUAAGCUCGACGCAAGCGCUCGAAAAGAGGAAGUUACUAUCUUUCCAGGUAUAUCCCACCGGAUUACAGAGACUGCCAUGGACUUCUUCAUGGCAAUCGUCCUCUGCGGGUACUCUGUCACCGUCUACCUUCUCUGGAAGGACCAUUACGUCAUGUGGAAUAGAUGGAGACGAGCUAACGUCAACGUCAGACUGCUUCUGACGCCGGACUCGCAUCCAGUACCAUUUGUACCAAGAGCUAGGUAUAAUGUCGUUUAAUUUCUUUAUCGUCGUCUUAUAUUUAGCAAGUUUGUGUGAUCAGUAUUAAAUAUUAUAUGGGAUGAUUCUUAGUUUCA